UUCCUACUUUGGAAUAACGUUCCAUUUACAAGAAACUUUCCUUGAAAACUUCUCUGCAAAAAAUCAAGAUUCAAAAAUCAAAAUCAAAAGCUUGUUGCAUUUUUAUAAAUAGAACCUAGGGCCCAUUUCUAAGGCAAAGAUCAAGCAGAAAAAAAAACAAUGGAUAGGUGCUACCAACACGUCUUUGUGAUGCGUCACGGACAUAGACUCGACAACUUCGACCCACUUUGGGCAAAAACAGCUAUUAGACCUUGGGAUCCUCCUCUCUUCGAGGACGGCGUGGUUCGGGCGUUUAUAACCGGUCAAAGGAUCGGAACUCAGACCGGGUCUCCUAUUCACCGCGUCUUCGUCUCUCCUUUCCUCAGAUGUAUUCAGACAGCUUCCGAGGUCGUGGCAGCUCUCUCCUCCCUCUACCCCAACGCCAUGUCUUCCAUUGACAAACCUAACCUAGUCAAGGUUGCUAUUGAAUACGGCUUGUGUGAGAUGAUGAACCCGACGGCUAUAUGGCCUCAGGUUUCUCCUCAAGAUGGAAAAUUUGACUUCAAUAUUUCGGAUCUUGAAGCUAUGUUUCCCGAAGGAAUGGUGGAUCAUAAUGUGGAUCCUAUUUAUAAAGAGAUGCCAAAAUGGGGGGAGUCGGUAAAAGGUUGCAGAGAACGGUAUAUUAAAGUUGUAAAGGCUCUUGCAGACAAGUAUCCUACAGAGAAUUUGCUCUUAAUCACACACGGGGAAGGAUUGGACACAACAUUCUCCAAAUUCUUUAAAGAUGCAACCGUUCACGAAGUAGACUAUUGUGCUUAUGUUGAAUUGAGAAGAGAGGUCUCAAGUAAAGAUGGGGACGUUGUUGAAACUGGGGAGUAUGAAGUGGUUUUGAGUCAUGGCCCAACUGGAAUCAAGUUUAGUCAUGGUCCUGUCGUAAUCCCAACACCGAUUUAGCCAAUGUUCAUCAGUUCCUCUGUUUUUUGUACUUUUUAUUUGUAUUUUCUUUUGAACAUUUAUUACUUUUAUUUUUAUUUGAAUUGCUUUUGUAUGUGAACUAUGAAUCGUGACUUCAAUGUUAUCAUUCAAUUAAAUAA